AUGGCCCUCCGCAGAGCACUCUCCAAGCGCCUGUUCUCCGCCUCCAACCCCGACCCCCCUUCUCCGAUCACCACCCUCGACCACCCGCCGGUGAAGCCCCGCUUCCACCGCGAACCCGCCCCCGCCGCCGCCUCCGACUUCCUCCGCCGCUUCCUCCAGCGACGGACCGUCUCCGGCGUGUUCCCAUCCUUCCUCGGGAUCCCCGCCGGCGAGACUCUCCGGGAUAAGCUGCAGCCGCCGCCGCGGCUCCACCUGGACGGGCUGGUACCACCGGAUCCGGAGGCCGGGGACGUUCUCCGCGUGGGGGCGGCGGAGGCGAGGAGGCUGCUGAGGCUGGUACGGGCGGAGCAGGUCAGGGAGAGGCUGAGGGGUAUUCCGGCGAGCACGGUGGCGUACGGCGAGUUCGUGCGGGUUUGCGGCGAGGUGUGCGGCGGGGACAGGGCGGCGGCGGCGGAGUUGGCCAGGACGAUGGACGAGUGUGGAAACGUCAUCGUUUUGGGUGUGGUCGUCUUUCUCCAUCCGGAUCAGGUGGCAAAAUCAAUAGAGACACUAAUUUCCCAAUCAAUCUCAAUGCCAAACGACCCAAGGAUUAAAGAGCUGGAAAAUCUAGAAACCCAAAAGGCCUCGAUCGAUCAAAAGGCCCGGUCCAUGGUUCGUGCAGAGCUCUAUUGUGGGCUGGGCCUAAUGGUUCUCCAAACAUUGGGCUUCAUGAGGCUAACAUUUUGGGAACUCAGCUGGGACGUGAUGGAGCCCAUUUGCUUCUUCGUGACCUCACUCCACUUUGCAUUAGCCUAUGCCUUCUUUUUGAGAACUUCUAAAGAGCCCUCCUUUGAGGGCUAUUUUCAACGAAGGUUCAAAGUCAAGCAAAUGAAGCUUAUGAAAAGUCAGAAAUUUGAUGUGGAGAGGUAUAAUGAGCUUUGCGAAAUGUUUUAUCCGAAUCACAUGAAUCGAUACGACUACAAAAACGUUAACCGGUCACUUGGGAAGAUGGAUUUGGGCUCAAUGCACGGUUGA